AAUUAAUUUAUCGUAUCGAAUCGAAACGAAACGUAGAAGUAGAACCAUACCCCCCACCGUCCACCCCCAACGCGUAGCGGUCCAUUUCCCUAUAUUCACCUUGACCACCUCACUCCCUCGCAUUCACAUCUAUGCUCCUUGUUUUCCCACCAUUAUUAAUUCAAUUCAAUUCACUCCAUUUCCCACAUCACCCCAUGAAAGAACUACUACUCAUGGAAUUCGACGCUACUGAUCAAACUCAAACUCAAAUGGACGAAGCAGCGCAGUAUUUAUUACAGAAUAAGAGGGCGCGGCCGGAGCCGGACGAGGAGGCGCCGGCGGGGCAGCGGCGGCUGUGGGUGAAAAGCCGGUCGAAGGCGUGGUGGGAGCACGUGAGCAGCCCGGAUUACCCGGAAGAGGAGUUCCGGAAGGCCUUCCGCAUGGGGCGGGCGACGUUCGACAUGAUCUGCGAGGAGCUGGAGUCGGUGCUGAUGAAGAAGGACACGACCCUCCGCCAGGCCAUCCCGGUGAACCAGCGCGUGGCGGUGUGCGUGUGGCGCCUGGCCACGGGGGAGGCCCUCCGCGAGGUGUCGAAGCGCUUCGGCCUCGGCAUCUCCACCUGCCACAAGCUCGUCCUCGAGGUCUGCACCGCCAUCCGCGCCGUGCUCAUGCCCAAGUUCCUCCAGUGGCCCGACCCGACCCGCGCCGAAGCCAUCAAGCGCCACUUCGAGUCCUCCUCCGGCAUCCCCGACGUCGGCGGCGCCAUCUACACCACGCACAUCCCCAUCAUCGCGCCCAAGGUCAGCGUGGCCGCCUACUUCAACAAGCGCCACACCGAGCGGAACCAGAAGACCACCUACUCCAUCACCCUCCAGGGCGUGGUGGACCCCAACGGCGUCUUCACCGACAUCUGCGUCGGCUGGCCGGGCUCCAUGACCAACGAGCAGGUGCUCCACAACUCGGCGCUCUUCCAGCGCGCCACCCAGCAGGGAGCCCUCGCCGCCACCUGGAUCGUCGGGAACUCCGCCUUCCCGCUGGAGGAUUGGCUGCUCGUGCCCUACGCGCACCAGAAUCUGACGUGGACGCAGCACGCCUUCAACGAGAAGAUCGACGAGCUGCAGGGGGUCGCCAGGGAGGCCUUCAUGAGGCUCAAGGCGCGCUGGACCUGCCUGCAGAAGCGCACCGAGAUGAAGCUCCUCGAUUUGCCCGUCGUUCUCGGGGCUUGCUGCGUGCUGCACAACAUAUGCGAGAUGAGGAACGAGGGGAUCGCGCCCGACCUCAGGUUCCACCUCUUCGACGAUCAGAUCGUGCCCGAGACUCCGUUGAGGUCGCCGGAGGCCGUGCAUGCCAGGGACCUGAUUGCGCACAAGCUCUUGCAUCACAAUCUCGCCGGCACUAAUUUUCAGUAGUCAUUCUAUUUCUUUUUUUCAUGGCUUGCUUAAGUAAGUCGUGCGUGGAAGAAUAAACUAUACAUAUCUCUACCUAGUUUGUGUAGUGUAAUUCAUUGAUUUGAUUUCUUGUAGCUACUCUCCUUCAAAAAAAAAAAAUCUUGUAGCUACUCUUUACUGACAUGUAAUGCUUUAUGUAUUUUUUUUGGUAAUAAUAUAUAUGGAUACAAAGAUUUUAAUUUAAA